AUGGACGAAAAACGGAAGAAGCCGAAAGUUGCUUGGAGCGACGACUUGAGCCAUGAUUCUGAAGAAGAGAGAGAACGAGAGCGCCAAGCUCAGAUCGAAAGAGAACUGGCCGAGCUGCCGGUGAAGCCGGUGUACCCUCCCGAGGAACUGGCAGAACUGGUCUCAGCCAUCAAGAAGAUGACCACGCUUUACGAUCUACGGGAUGAGGACUGGACGGAAACCGCUGAAAAGGAAAUCGAAGAUUGGAUCCUAGAACCGCGCGCUCUAGUUCUAUCAGUAUACUUCAAAGUCGAAAGGCUGAUGGCCAGUUGCGACAUUCCUCUGACCCCAGUUUAUGAUCUCACCUACUUUCUGAGAGCACCAGAUCACGUGUUCAAAAUAGACACGUUCCACGAUGAAAUAGUAUUUGGGACCUUCGUCGAUUCUGUCGAAGACAAUAUGAUACAAGUCUUGGAGAAUAUGUACGCGCCGUAUUUUUUCGCAAUAACUACGUGGCCUGAUAGUGUAAAGAGUGAGUUCUGCUCCAGCAUCCACACAUUUCUGGCCAAACUCACGGAUAUGUACUACAAAAUGCUCGGUUUGACUGUUCUUUACAUACCCCGAGAGGGCCAACAGCUGUCCUUUGAGAAGGCCAGCGCUGACAGGGAGCUGGUGAAGAGAUUGGAGGGGGUCGUGGUAUACUGGACGCAUCAGAUCAAAUCGUGCCUCGAAGAUCAGGCGUUCGUGUCUUCCCAGAAUGAGUUGCUGUGUCCUAGCGAUGAAUAUGACUUUUGGAUUUACAGACACGAAAACUUAAACGCCGUUCGCUAUCAAUUAAAGAAUCCUGCAGUGAGACACAUAACGAAAAUCUUGGUGACGACACACUCGACCUUUAUACACCAGUUCCAAGCGCUGUGUGACGAAAUCGAGCAAAAAAUUCUUGAAGCUACAUCUAACAUCGAAUAUCUUCAAGUGAUCAAGCAGCCAUGUGCGGUAUUGGAAUGCGUGGUCGACCCUGACGAGAUAGCCAAACACAUCCCUCAAAUUAUCAACUUGUUCCGUUUUAUCUGGAUGGAGUCUCCAUACUACAACUCCGAGACCCGAAUCACUAACCUCUUCAAAGCGUUGAGCAACCAAAUUAUUAUCCUUUGCAAGGCCUACAUUAAUUUGGAGGAUUUAUUCGAAGGGAUGACCAAGAAGGCGAUGGCAGAGUUCUCGAAAUGUAUCGAUUGUUGCAAGAAGUAUCGGGAGAUUUACGACCUGAUGGUUGAGGCUCAUAAUGAGAAGAAGCCUGAUAGCUGGGACUUGGAUACGGGGUCUAUCUUCAAUUACAUAGAUUCCUUCAUUCAGAGGUGUUUCGAUAUGCUUGAUGUUUGUAACUGCAUGGUUAUAUUUGGAAGAAUGGAUGAAAUGGAGGUGAUAAGCAAACCAGUUUUCUCCGGGGCAAGAGGAGACCAGUUCGAGGAGAAAUGCAGCCACAUCGAGCACAUGUUCCAAGAUGCUCUGAGGAAUAUCCACACGGUUUCAGGGACCAUUUUGGAUGUCCAGGCGCCGUCGUGGUACGAUGAUGUACUGCAGUUUAGGACUGUGGUUAAAGAUAUUGAGAUAAUAAUCGAGAAUCUGGUGGAGUCUGUGUUCGAAGGCGUGAACCACGUGGAGGAGGCUGUGGUGGCGCUGUACUCGCUCAACAACUACUCCAAGAGGAAGAGUCUGAGGCGCAUAUUUAAGCGGAAGACUGCAGAGGUUUGGGCGAUGUUUAGUGACAAGGUCCAGGAAACCAAAAAGGACCUGGUGUCAUCUCGUAACAUGUACCCCGCCGAUCUCCCGUCGUUCGCCGGACGAGCCGUGGUGCUGCGGAUGAGGAAGAAUAGAAUGGUGUACUUGAAGAAGGUGAUGACCGACGCCUCGGUUUGGCUUCUCCCGUGCAGUAACUCUGAAGAUGUCAUCAUGCACGUGAACCGCCUGGUCGGAGCAAUAGACCUGGCUAUCAGGGAGCUGUUUAUCGGUUGGACUCAUAACUUUGAUGAGAAAUGUGGAGCCGGUUUGAACAAGACUCUUAUGCGAAAAAGCGCAAUAAACCCUGGUUUACUCGAAUGCAAUAUUGACGUGAAUAUAUUGGACCUCUGCAAAGAAUCGGGACAUUGGGAGAAUCUAGGAAUAGAUAUACCACUUCAUGCUCAUCAGGUGUUUCUGAAAAGCAAGAACAUAUUAUUCGUUUACGAGAGCGUGCUGGCCGUAGUUAAAGGCUACAAUAAGAUCCUCGAUUCGUUGUCUGACGAAGAAAGGCUGUUAUUCAAACCACUCACUACGGCAUGCGAGAAAAAAGUGCAACCUGGAAUAUUCAAGUUAACUUGGACCUCUACUAUGUCUGAUGCAUACAUUGCUGACUGCGUGGCUCAAAUUGGAGAGCUGCAAGAUUUUUUGACAACGUACAAGAAUUGUAAUGUUAAUUUAGUUAAAAUUAUGGAAAAAAUAUGCGACACCCCGUUCAUUGAGAUUGAUACAUACAAUGUAUUUGUUAUACAAAAUUUACGCGAGGAAAUACGAAUAAUGGAAAAUUUGGCAGCAGAUGAAAUAUUAGAAAUGUACAAGGAAAUUAUUACAUAUCUGGUUAUCGUUUACGAAGGAUUUGAAGCUUAUAUAACACAGAUGGCAGAAUACUGGAUCCGGUAUGUCCGAAGAUUUGAUCGCCUCCUAGAAGACGCAUUGCGAUUAGCUAUGAAAUCAACAAUGCAAAACAUGUACAAAUGCGUACAUGGUGAUGGAACUAUGGCACCAUCUCCGUUGAUUAAAAUGGAUUUGUACUUAACCGGUAAAGAAAUUACACACAAUCCUACCCGGUUUGAAAUAGAAGACACAUUUACUACAAUUUUAGAUGAAAUAGUUCACAUUAUGAGUAAGGUGCCUAGAUUAUUUGAGAAAUUUGCAUUACCAGCUGGAGGAUUAAAAAGGUUUCGGGAAGUCAUACAAGUGGACCCUGAUUGCAAUAUGUUACAAUCACUAAUUGAUGCUGAAAUCGAAUAUAAUCUUUCAUUAAUCACUGAACAUAUUAGAAUGUGGGACCCAUAUGCACAUAUUUGGAAAGUUGAUAAGGAUGAAUUUAUGAUACAAUAUCGAGAAGAGAAACACCCAGCUUCUGAUUUUGACGCUUUGAUCAUAGAUUAUAGUAAUUUAGCGAACACGGUUCAAAUCCAAGAAACUGUUAAUCAAAUACACUUUAUUACUCUUAACUCAAGUAAUCUGAAAAAAUCAAUUAUUGCUCAUUGUUUAAAAUGGCAAGUAAAGUUAGGUGAACUUCUCAGAGCCAUAACUGAAGCAGAUAUAGAUGUGGUUUAUUCGUAUAUAGAAAAAAGCAGUGAAGACGCAAUGAAAAUGCCAGCAGACUUGAAAGAACUUGCUUCUGCGAUAGCAACGUAUGAACGACUGGUUUCGGAUGUCAGUAAUUUUGAGAAAACCUUCCCUCCUAUUUCAGAUCAAAUGAUGACUUUAGCCAAAUUUGAAGUAGAAUUAAGUUCCGAUAUGGUUACACGUCAUGAGAAUAUUCCAGUCGCUUGGGCUGAAUAUUUAGCUUUAUUAGAAGAAGCUAAAAAGGCAUUGGAACUCAAUAAAGACAAAUUCAAAGCAGAACUUUUGGAACAAGCAGAGGAGUUCAAAGAAGCUGCAAAAGAAUUUUGUGAAGAUUUUUAUACUACUGCUCCUGUUAGUUCUGAUAUCAGCGGAAAAGAUGCUAUGGCCCAGUUGAAAGCAUUUAGAGAACAACUGAAUGCACUUCGAGCUCAAGAGCAGCAAAUACGAGAUGGACUUGCAGUAUUCAACUUGACAACUCCUGUGAAUCUGGAUCUGCAGAGGAUGGAGAAGGAAUUGGAGAAAUUGGAGGAAGUAUGGGGAUUAGUUUACCAAUGGGAGGAAUCUUGGGAAAAAUAUAAAACUCAAACUUUCUGGGAAAUGGAAACAGACGAAAUGGAAGAUAAUGUAAUGUUCUUAUUCAGAAACUUCAAUCGUCUAUCACGGCAGUUAAAAGACAAAGGUUGGGACAUUAUUGAUACUACCAGAGUAAAGGUGGAUGCAUUUAGGAGAACAUUGCCAUUAAUUGGGGACUUGAAAAAUCCUUGUAUGAGAGAACGCCAUUGGGAUAGAAUCAAAACAUUGAUGAAUGUAGAAUUUGAUCAAAAUUCUGAAGACUUUAAAUUAGAACUCAUAAUGCGUUUAAAUUUCCAAGCAUAUGCUGAAGAUAUUUCUGAAAUAUCAAAUGCAGCCACUAUGGAAUUGAAUAUAGAAAACGGUUUGAAAACUAUUAGGGAAAUUUGGAAGAAUACUACUUAUGAAAUGCAACAUCAUAAAGGUGAAAUGUAUAGGUUAAAAAAUGUUGAAGAUGUUAUGCAGUUUCUUGAAGAUCAUCAAGUUCAGCUGUCUUCUAUGAAAUCCACAAAGUAUGUUGAACCUUUUAUAAAAGAAGUUGAUUAUUGGGAAAAAGCUUUAGGAUAUGUUGCAGAAUGUAUAGAGAUAUCCUUGCAAGUUCAACGGAGAUACCUUUACUUAGAAAGCAUAUUUAGUGGUGAAGAUAUAAGGAAACAAUUACCUAGUGAAGUUCAAAUUUUUGAUGCUUUAACAGCUGACUGGACAGAAAUAACUAGCAAUAUGUUUGCUGGAUCAAAUGCAAUUGAAGCUUGUAUAUAUAAACCAAUACCUUAUUUAUACAACAAGCUAAAUAAAAUGGUAGACAAUUUGGAUGGGAUUUUAAGGGCAUUGGAAAAGUAUUUGGAAACAAAACGAAUGUUAUUUCCAAGAUUUUAUUUUAUAUCCAAUGACGAUUUGCUGGAGAUCCUAGGAAAUUCAAAGAAGCCACAAUUAAUCCAAGUGCAUUUAAAGAAAUUAUUUGAUAACGUCAACAAGAUACGAAUUGAUAAGAACGCCCUUGGUCUCCCAAUAGCCAAAGCCAUGAUGUCUGAAGAUGGGGAAUGCAUUGAGUGGAAGUACAACCUGGUUUUGGACGGACCAGCCGAAGUGUGGCUGCUGGGCCUGGAGCAUACUAUGAGGGUUGUACUAAGGGAGCAACUUAUAUUGACGCGGGCCGCUUUACGCAAGUGCAAGUACCAACGGGAACAAUGGAUCAACGAUUGGCCUGGACAACUGGGCAUUACCUGCAGUAAGAUCCAAUGGACUUCGGACUGCACACGAACUCUCUGCCGAUGCGAGCUGAUGAAGGAGAAGAAACCAAUGAAGAAGCUGCGCAAGAAGCAGAACCAGAUCCUGACGACGUUGCAGAUGAUGUCUCGAAAGGAGAUCUCGAAGAUUCUGCGGGCGAAGGUCAACGCUCUCUGCGUUAUAGAAAUACAUUCGAGGGAUAUGGUUGAUAAGAUGUAUAAAAUGGGUUGUAUGACGGUGACAGCAUUCGAGUGGUUCUCCCAGCUGAAGUUUUACUGGGACAGGGAGCGCGAAGACUGCUACAUCAGGCAGACCAACACCAACUCUAUUUACACGUACGAGUACAUCGGCAACUCUGGACGGCUGGUCAUCACCCCGCUUACUGACAGGUGUUACAUAACCCUCACAACGGCUCUGCACCUCUUUCGCGGCGGCAGCCCCCAAGGCCCGGCCGGGACGGGCAAGACAGAGACUACUAAGGAUUUGGGCAGGGCUUUGGCCAGAUGGGUCGUCGUUACAAACUGCUCUGAUGGCCUUGAUUACAAGUCUAUGGCUAAAUGUUUUGCAGGUAUAGCCCAAAGCGGUUGCUGGGGUUGUUUCGACGAGUUCAACCGUAUAAACAUAGAGGUUUUGUCUGUGGUCGCUCAGCAGAUCCUAGCCGUUUUACUGGCGUUAUCUCAGCUACAGAAGAAGUUCGUAUUUGAAGGCUGCGAGAUAAAGCUGGACGCUAAUUGUGGCAUAUUUAUCACUAUGAAUCCAGGUUAUGCCGGCCGUACAGAAUUACCUGACAACCUUAAGUCUAUGUUCCGGCCGAUUGCCAUGUGCGUUCCAGAUUGCCUCAUUAUUGCCGAGAAUACUUUGUUCUCUGAUGGAUUUACGGCGUACAAGGUCAAUGCUAAAAAGGUAUUCACUUUGUACCAACUGGCGAUGCAACAGUUAUCAAAACAGGAUCACUACGACUUCGGUCUGAGGUCUAUGGUCGCAUUGCUACGUUAUGCUGGAGUCAAGAGAAGGGCAUACCCUCAUCUGCCUGAACAAGAGAUGGUAAUUCUAGCCAUGCGAGACAUGAACGUAGCCCGGUUGACGGCCAAAGAUGUCCCUCUUUUCGACGGGAUUAUGCAAGACAUCUUCCCUGAAGCGGAGGUCCCCACCCUGGAUUAUGAGAUGCUGGAGAGCGCCAUAUCUGCUGAGAUGAGGCUGGUUGGGUUGCAACCUGUCAAGGCCGCGUUACAUAAGGUCAUACAGACCUUUGAGACUAAGAAUUCCCGACAUUCUAGCAUCCUUUUGGGAGAUACGAACACUGCCAAAUCUGUAUCUUGGAAGAUGCUCGCGGCCACUCUGAGCCGAUUGGCUCGUGAAAAGGUUCCCGGUUUCCUCAACGUCCAAGUGCACCCAAUGAAUCCUAAGGCUUUGACACUGGGAGAGCUGUAUGGGGAGUAUAAUCUGGCCACCGGAGAGUGGAAGGACGGAGUACUGUCUUCCAUCAUGAGGACUACUUGCCAAGAUGAGUCGCCUGAUCAGAAGUGGAUAAUAUUCGACGGGCCGGUCGACGCGAUUUGGAUUGAAAACCUCAAUUCUGUGAUGGAUGACAACAAACUCCUUACUUUGGUGAACAGCGAGAGGAUUUCCAUGCCCUCACAGGUAUCCCUUCUCAUAGAAACCCUGGACUUGGCUGUGGCCUCCCCGGCUACGGUUUCUCGUAACGGUAUGGUCUACAACGACUACCGGGACUGGGGUUGGUGGCCUUUCGUCAACUCCUGGCUGGAUACCGUUGAUGACCCGGAGUAUCGAGAGAUGCUGCGCCGCCACUUCCAAAACAUCCUGACUCCGGUGCUGGAGCUGAAGCGUCUCCACCUGACCGAGGGCGCCUCGGUGCGCGGCCAGGAGCUGACGGGCGUGCGCGCCAUGUGCCGGCUGCUGGCGCAGUGGCCCGCGCCCGCGCCGCCCGCGCCCGACGAGGAGGACAACGAGAACUUCUCCAAGAUGCGGUUCCUGUUCGCUAUGAUCUGGUCAAUCUGCGCGACUCUAGAAGACGAGCCGCGUCGCAAGCUGGACAACUGGGUUCGGGAGCACGAGGGCAUAUUCCCGCUUAAAGACACCGUCUACGAUUACUAUGUGGACGAGAGGCUCAGACAGUUCAAACCGUGGGAGGAUAAGCUGCCUGAUAAUUGGCGGUUUAACCCUAACUUGGGUUUCCACAUGAUAUUAGUUCCCACGGUGGAGUUCAUCCGAGUUCAGAUCAUAGCUCUGGAUAUGCUGGUGGCUGGUCACGGGGUCAUAGUGGGCGGUCCUACGGGAACCGGGAAGACGUUCCUCAUCCAGGGGACCUUGGCUAGCUUGGACCCGUCUAGAUAUAGCACACAAGUUAUCAAUAUGUCUGCGCAAACAACCGCAGCUAAUGUCCAGGAUAUAAUUGAAGCUAGAUUGGAGAAGAGAACGAAAGGGAACUAUGUGCCUGCAGGAGGCAAAAGGAUGAUAGCUUUUAUGGACGAUAUAAACAUGCCCGUGCGCGACAACUACGGAUCUCAGCCGCCGUUAGAGCUAGUGAGACUGUGGAAUGACUAUGGGUACUGGUUCGACAGGGCUAAGCAGUGGAGGAAGAACGUGAAGGGUAUGGUGCUGUGCGCGGCGGCCGGCCCGCCGGGGGGCGCGCGCUCCCCCCUCCCCCCGCGGCUGCUGUCGUGCUUCCACCCGUUCUUCCUCACGCCGCCCACUCACGCGCAGCUCAUCAAGAUCUUCGGCACCAUGCUCAGUCAGCAUCUGAUGGAGUUUGAUGAGGAAACUAAAUCUGUCGGUAAAGUCGUCUUGCUAGCGACGAUAGACAUGUUCAACAACAUUGUCGCUAAGUUGUUGCCGACGCCGAGCAAAAUGCACUACUUGUUCAACCUGAGAGACAUCUCCAAGAUCUUCCAGGGUUUGCUCCGCAGUAACAAAGACUACACGAACACAAAAGCCAGGUUCUUACGUCUGUGGAUCCAUGAGUGUUUCAGAGUCUUCGGUGAUCGGCUUACCGAAGAAAAGGAUCGAGACUGGUUCAUGAACCAAGUGGGCGACAUGUUGGGGAAACACUUCGAGCUGACGUUCCACGCCCUCUGCCCGUCCAAGAGUCCGCCUCUUUUUGGCCAUUUCCUUAAUCCUUUCGAGGUCUAUGACGAUAUGAAUGAUCCUGCUGCUCUGAGGAAGUAUAUCCUCAAUCAAAUGGAAGAAUACAACAGUUGUCCAGGCGUUGUCAAAAUGGAAUUGGUAUUAUUCAAAGACGCCAUAGAACAUAUAGUUCGGAUCGUGAGGGUGGUGUCUCAACAACGUGGUCAUUUAUUAUGCGUCGGGAUUGGCGGUUCAGGGCGCCAAAGCUUGACCCGCGUGGCUUCAUACAUCUGCGAGUGUAACUCUUUCCAAGUGGUCGUCACCAAGACUUAUGGUAUUAAGGACUUUAGGGAGGAUUUGAAGACUCUGUACACAUCCACAGGCGUAGACGCCAAGAAGACUACAUUCAUAUUUAGCGACACUCAAAUAGUGGAAGAUUCCUUCACGGAGAUCAUCAACAAUUUGUUGAGCAGCGGCGAAGUCACCAACUUGUUCAAGCCCGACGAGUUUGAAGACAUAAAAUCGGCUCUGGAGAAGCCGAUGAAGAACGCGAAUAUAAUGCAGACCGCCGAAGCAGUACAGCUAUUUUUGAUAGAUCGUGUAAGAGCCAAUCUACAUAUUGUAUUGUGCUUCAGCCCGAUUGGAGACCAAUUCAGAAACCGCAUCCGCCAGUACCCAGCUCUGAUCAACGCGACCACAACCAAUUGGUUCCUGGAGUGGCCGCGGGAGGCGCUGCUGGAAGUGGCUUACAAGUUCCUGGAGGGGGUGGAGUUACUUGCCUCUAUCACUGGGCCCAGGAUCCGUCGCAAGGAAUCUCUAGUGGAAAGCCGCGAGGACGGUCUCAGGGCUUCAGUCGCUUCCAUCAUGUCUCUCAUUCAUUCCUCAGUGGGGCGGUACUCCGCCAAGAUGUGGCAGGAGAUGAGGCGGACCAACUACGUCACCCCCACCAACUACCUGGAGCUCGUCUCCGGGUACAAGGAAAUGUUGAAAAUGAAGCGGUUCGAGAUAGCAUUGCAAGCGAACAAGCUGAGAAACGGCUUAGGGAAAGUGGCCGAGACCACCACCCUUGUGGGUCAGAUGUCUGAAGAACUCGCUAUUGCACAGGUACAAGUGGCCGAAUAUACGGAACAAUGUAUAGAGUAUAUGGGCGUCAUCAACGUUCAGCAGAGGAAUGCUGACGAGCAGCAGAGGAGUGUGGCGGCUAGAAGCAAGAAAACCAUGGAGGAAGAGGUUCAAUGUAAGAAAUUAGCUGAGGCCGCUAUGAGAGACUUGGCUAGCGCCAUGCCGGCCUUAGAAGAGGCAGUGAAGGCACUGGACGCGCUGAACAAGAAGGACAUUACCGAGGUGAAGUCUUACGCCAAGCCUCCUCAGAAGGUGGAAAUGGUGUUAGAGGCAGUAUUGAUACUGCUACAGAAGGAGCCGACAUGGGCCGAAGCGAAACGUCAGCUCGGCGAUCAAUACUUCCUCGACAAACUGCGAGAGUUCGACAAAGAUAAUAUAUCUGAUAAGACGUUAAAGAAGAUCGGCACUUAUACUGCUAAGCCGGAGUUCGAUCCAGAGAUCAUUGGCACGGUGUCCAAUGCAGCGAAGUCACUGUGUUUGUGGGUCAGAGCCAUUGAGAAAUAUGGGAAGGUUUACAAAAUUGUGAAGCCCAAGAAAGAGCGUCUAGAGGAGGCGUUGGAAUCGUUACGGAUGAAGCAGCAGAUAUUAGCGGAGGCCAGGGCCAAGCUGCGGGAGCUGAGCGAGAUGAUAGCGCGCCUGCAGAAGGAGUACGACGAGAAGGUGGCGCAGAAGGACGAGCUGGAGAGGAAGUCGCGCAUGCUGCAGCUCAAGCUGGAGCGGGCCGAGGCGCUCAUCAGCGGCCUCUCGGGUGAACGAGAAAGGUGGGAACUGACAGUGGAGCGUUUGGACAAGGAAUUCGACAACCUUCCUGGUGACUGCCUCAUCGCGACUGGGUUCGUGGCCUACCUGGGUCCAUUUGUAUCGGAGUACAGAGAGGAUCUAAUGGACGACUGGUUUAGGGAGGUUUACAAUGAGCAAUUGCCAGUGACGAUGGAACUCAGCAUGAAAUAUUUCCUCUUGGACGACGCCACUCUGCGAGACUGGAACUAUAUGGGGUUGCCGGAUGACAACUUCAGCGCUGAGAAUGGCAUUAUAGUGGUACGCGCGAACCGCUGGCCUUUGGCUGUCGAUCCACAAGGCCAGGCUCUCAUCUGGAUUUCUAGACUUGAAGAGAAGAAUGAUAUACAGGUCGUCGAUUUCGGCCAACCGAACUACCUGAAAAUCAUGGAGACGUGUCUCCAAGAAGGUAAACCGGUUCUGGUCCAGAACGUGGGGGAAAUCCUGGAACCUUCCAUACAACCUAUUUUGGACAAGGCGAUAGUGAGAAUCGGGAAGGACCUGGUGAUCAAAUUCAAUGAGAAAAUGGUGCCAUACAAUACCAAUUUUAGGAUGUAUCUCACUACUAAACUAGGAAACCCAGCGUACACCCCUGAGGUACUCACAAAAACAACAAUGGUGAAUUUCGCGGUGAAGGAACAAGGUUUGACUUCACAACUGUUGGGCAUCGUGGUGAGGAAGGAGAGGCCGCAGCUGGAGUUGAUGAAGGACAAUCUGGUGAUGACAAUCGCUAACAACAAGAAGGUUCUGGUGGACUUGGAAAACGAUCUUCUCCGCAUCAUGUACGAAUCCCAAGUGCCGCUGCUGGAGAACGAGGAACUCUUCAUCACGUUGCAGACUUCGCAGAGAACCUCGUUGGAAGUGAAGGAGGCGCUGAUCACCUCGCAGGACACUGAGAAGGAGAUUGACAGUGCUAGACAGGGCUAUGUGCCGACAGCCGUGCGGGCUUCUGUACUUUUCUUCGCCUUGAACGACCUCUCCAGAAUCGACCCCAUGUACCAGUUCUCCCUGGACGCCUACACCGACCUGUUCAUGUACUCCAUCGACAGGAGUCCCAAGGGGGGCGAGCUGGAAGACAGGAUCAGUAAUCUGAACGAGUUUCACACAUACUCUGUUUAUAAGAAUACAUGCCGUGCUCUAUUUGAGCGUCACAAACUCCUUCUCUCCUUCCACAUGGUGUCACGUAUCCUAUUCCAAAUGGGCAAGAUGAGCAUGCAAGAGUACCUCUACCUUUUGAAGGGCGGAGUGGUUCUUGAUAGAUCUGAACAGCCGGAUAAUCCUACCAAUUGGAUGCCUGAGGAAUGUUGGGACAACAUAACGGAGCUGGAUAAGUUACCAGGAUUCCACGGGGUCAUCGACGCGUUCGAGACCUUCUCCAAGGAGUGGAAGGAGUGGUAUUUGCAUCCUGAGCCGGAGAGCCAGCCAUUGAUUGGCGAAUGGAACGACAUUUGCAACGAGUUCCAACGCAUACUCUGGAUCCGAGCGUUGAGAGUGGACCGCGUGUCGGCCUGCGUGGCCGCCUUCGUGACCAGCGUGCUCGGGCCGCGGUACAUCGAGCCGCCCGUGCUGGACAUCAAGAUGGCGUGGGAGGAGUCGUCUUGGAAGACGUCGCUGCUGUUCGUGCUAUCCCCCGGCGUGGACCCCACGGCGGCGCUCAUCCAGCUGGCGCGCGACGUCAAGAUGGAGGACAAGUUCCACUCGCUCAGCCUGGGCCAGGGGCAGGCUCCCACUGCCACCAGACUGCUAUCCCAAGGCAUGAAGGAAGGCGGGUGGGUGUUCCUCGCGAACUGUCAUCUCGCUUGCGAGUGGCUCGGCAGCUUGCGCGGGUUCGACAACCCACGAAUCCACCCACGGUUCAGGCUCUGGUUGUCCUCGAUGCCUGAUGACAAGUUCCCGCUGAACGUUCUCCAGAGAAGCAUCAAGAUGACCACAGAGCCACCUCAGGGUCUCAAAGGCAACCUGGUCCGUAUAUUUGCAAAUAUAAAUGAGGACAAAUUCGACGAGGCCACUCCGAAGUACAGAAGACUCUUGUUCUGCGUCUCCUUCUUCCACUGCACCCUCAUCGCGAGGAAGAGGUUCAGGCAGCUCGGCUACAACGCUGUGUACAGUUUCAAUGACGCUGAUUUCGAUGUAUCGGACAAUCUCCUCGCGAACUACCUAGAGGAAUACGAGGAAGUCCCGUGGGACGCCCUCCGCUACUUAUUCGCCAUUAUCAACUAUGGCGGACACAUUACCGACGAUUGGGACAAACGUGUUCUCAUAGCGUACAUCAACCAGUUCUUCUGCGAGGAGGCUUACGACACUCCGUUCUACAGACUAUCGUCGAUCCCCGCAUACCACAUCCCUAGAGACGGCAGCCUGGAGUCGUACCGGGACUUCCUGGAUCUGUUGCCCGCCUACGAACGCGCCGAGUCCGUGGGGCAACACGCUUCGGCUGACGUCGCCACUCUUGCGCAGGACGCGCUGAUAAUGUGCCGCACGCUGUUCGCGCUGGCUUCGACAGGCGGGGGCGGCGGCGGCGGGGGGGAGGACCAGAAGGUGGAUGAAUUAGCCUUAGAAAUGAUGCAAAAGCUGCCUGGUCAAAUUGACGUGGAAACCACUGAGAAGAUGAUGGGCCCUGAGAUAGUAAUGCCUAUGUGCGUGUCUCUGCUGCAAGAGAUUGGAUAUUUCAACGCGCUUAUUGGAGGGAUCACGUCUGGUUUGAAGGAGUUGAGACGAGCCAUCGAAGGUCUGGUGGUGAUGUCGGAAAUACUAGAAGAUAUGUACAACUGCAUCUUCGAAGGGAGAGUGCCUGUGUUUUGGAGAAAAGGCCGUCCGUCGAUGAAGCCUUUGGGGGCUUGGUGUCGCGAAUUAUUCCUCCGCGGCGGCCACUUGCAGGCGUGGGCCAACGCGCCCCGCUCCCCGCCCACGCUGUGCUGGCUGCCCGCGCUCGUGGUGCCCACCGGCUUCCUCACCGCCGUCAUGCAGACGACCGCUCGUGCUGAGAGUUGGCCCAUAGACACUCUGUGUUGGGAAUUCACUGUGCUACCAUUGGAAGAGUCGUCGUUCGUCAGACCGCCGAGAGAUGGCGGUGUUUACGUCAGAGGACAAUACCUAGAAGGCGCUAGCUGGUUCAAGAAGGAAGGUUAUCUUCAAGAGCCGCUGCCCAUGCAACUGGUGUUCCCCAUGACUCCCAUACAUUUCAAGCCAAUCAGAGCUACCGGCCGAAGAAUGAGAAAUCGCUACAUCUGCCCGUGUUAUUACUACCCAGCCAGGAUGGGAGCAUUCGUGGUGGCCGUGGACAUGCCUUCGGGCAAGGAAAGCUCAGAUUUUUGGGUGAAACGGGGCACUGCUCUGCUAUGUACUUUGGCUACUUAGAAAAUAUAUUUAGGUAUGUAUGACAUUUGUGUUUCAUUUCUUACGGAAGACUUCUUUCAACUUCAGCUCCAGGUUUCAUUUAUACAUAUUUACUUAAAUGUUUUUUUUUAAUCGAUUUUUAAAAAUAGCAAUUAUUUCUCUUUCAAGGCCAAAUAUUGUCUAAAUUCAAUGGAUAAUUAUACCUUCCAAACUCGCAUUCAGGGCUAGAUUUUGGUUGCAACUCUUGCGACUUUAUUCGCGAAUAUUGGUUAUUUAUUUUUCGUUCCAUAAAAUUUGUAAUGUCAAUAUAUACAUGC